UAAAUAAAGCCGGCGAGAGAUUCAAAUGUAAAGCUUAAGCUCACUCAUCCACAAAAGAAUUUGUUACAGAAGAUGAAAAUGUGAGAUAUGACGGGUGAUUGCCCAUCCAUCCAUUUGGAUAUCAACUUUGAAGAGCCACUGACUACGUCGUGCUUAGCCCACAUUGUCAUCGACUUACUCAAGCACCUGCUCCACCAACGCCAUCAGAUCCCCUUGCCCUAUGAACGAAUCCAAUUCGAUGUGCGAAGCAUCCAGCCCCGCCCCCCAUUUGAUCCCACCCAAACGGAGCAAGCGCCCUCAGUCGGGCUGUCUGUGCGAGAACAAAUCCAAUAUCGACGAAAUCAAGUCCGACAAGCCACUUUGGCCCAACGAUUUCAUCGGACGGCCUCGAAUUUCCUCCAGAACUUUGAGAGCCUCACGCGAAACUUGACAGAGGCCAUCAUCGCCCAUGAACCUGGAAAUGGAGCGGAAUUGAAAUGCGUCGCCAUCAUUUUUGGACCCACACCCUUGUCACCCAAAGAGAUCUAUCAUGUGCGUCUACCCGAGGGGUGGGCCAUGGCCACGUCGCCCAGGGAUUCGGGCGAUGGACUUCAACCCCACAAUGAGCCCAGCCAAGCCCGAAAGAAAGCCAAUCUCAAGUUGUUUCGAGCCAUGGUCAACCAUGAGCACUUUUUCGCACAAACGGGUCAACCCUUGGCCUUGACCAACGUAUUUGUCGCUUUGAAAAAACGAUCGGAAUGGGUCAGCUCGGAAUGGCUGACGCCCAAAGAGGAGUUGGCCCAUGUCCGCCGAGGUCAUCGCGUCUUUUUCCACCUCCAUAACGCCCCGGACACCCAGGAUAUGGGGCGGCGCAAGAAAAUGCGGUUUGCCCCCGAAACCGCGGAAACGCCCGGACGAUGGAAGCCCAGUGGUCGAUACACGCCCAUGGCCAUGGAUCUGUGCACCCCUGCCCCCGUGGUUUCUACGGGGGCUGCGGGUCGACAUCGACGGCCCAGCAGCAUGGAUAUGGUAGAAACGCCCUGUCAAUUUCAUUUGAAGGCAUCCCGCCGAAAAGGCGAUCGCUUGCCCCUAAUUCCGUCCGCCCCUCUCUUUGAGCCAUCGGUCAUGGAAGCUUCUCUUUUUGAGGAAGAGGAUAUGAUCCUGGAGCAGGAUUGGGAGGACGAACAAGCCAAUGCCUCUCACCCGGAAUUCUCGUGGUUCGUCACAUCGCAAUUGAUUCGGGGUUUCAAAGAUCCCCGUGUGAUACGCUCCAAUAAAGGCUCCUAGCAUCCAAAUUGAUAAUAAAUAAGUGCGCUCAGCCAGGUAAACCUUCGGAAAGGUUUGCUAAUUGUUGCGGACGAAAAACAUCA